UCUAAUCCUGUACCCGGAAAAGUAACUCUUUGACGUGUAUGCAUGGUACCGUGUGUUUCCGGUAUAGCGUGUGUUCACAGUUAUCCAGCCUUUUCCUCUUGGGUUUCAAUAGAACAGUCACUUUGGAUUCCCGGCUCCUUACCUGUUUCCCCCUAAACGGCAUAUCUAACUUUGUGGACAUGGCAUCAUCAGUUUCCGCACAGGCGAAUCCUGCUCCGGUUGCGGCGCUCCAGAGAGGAAUAGUCAAGAUGGUCUUGUCAGGAUGUGCAAUAAUCGUGAGGGGCCAGCCACGGGGAGGCCCGCCCCCGGAGCGUCAGAUCAACCUGAGCAACAUCCGUACCGGAGCGCUAGCUCGCCGCGCCCCCCAGAGCCAGCCUGACCAAAAGGACACCCCUGACGAGCCCUAUGCCUUCCAGGCCAGAGAGUUCCUGCGCAAGAUGCUGAUUGGGAAGGAGGUAUGCUUCACAGUGGAGGUCAAGACUGCUCUGGGCAGAGAAUACGGCAUGGUGUACCUGGGCAGAGACACCACUGGUGAGAACAUUGCUGAAUCUCUGGUGAACGAGGGCCUCGCCACCGUCCGCAGGGAAGGAAUCCGGGGCAACAAUCCAGAUCAGGCUAGACUGUGUGACCUGGAGGACCAGGCCAAGGCCUCCAAGAAGGGCAUGUGGACGGAGGGCGGCGGCACCAACACUGUACGAGACCUCAAGUACAUAAUCGAGAACCCCCGCAACUUCGUUGACUCCAUGCACCAGAAACCUGUCAAUGCCGUCAUUGAGCACGUGCGCGACGGUAGUGUGGUCCGUGCCCUGCUCCUGCCCGACUACUACCUGGUCACGGUCAUGCUCUCUGGGGUCAAGUGUCCGACGUUCAAGCGUGAGGCGGACGGCACGGAGUCGCCAGAGCCCUUCGCUGCCGAGGCCAAGUUCUUCACGGAGUCGCGUCUGCUCCAGAGGGACGUGCAGAUCAUCCUGGAGAGCUGCCCCAACCAGGUCAUCCUGGGUACCGUCCUCCACCCGAACGGGAACAUCACAGAGCUGCUGCUGAAGGAAGGGUUCGCCCGCUGUGUGGACUGGUCCAUGGCAGUCUACACCCAGGGGGCAGAGAAACUCCGGGCCGGAGAAAAAUCUGCUAAAGAACGUAAAGUGCGUAUCUGGAAGGACUACGUAGCCCCCACAGCCAACAUGGACCAGAAGGACCGUCAGUUUGUGGCCAAGGUGAUGCAGGUCGUCAAUGCGGACGCCGUCGUGGUCAAGCUUAACUCUGGCGAGUACAAGACCAUCCACUUGUCCAGCAUCCGACCCCCCAGGAUCGAGGGCGAGGAGAAGAAUAAAGACAAAGACAAGCGUUUCCGUCCCAUCUACGACAUCCCCUACAUGUUCGAGGCCCGCGAGUUCAUGAGGAAGAAGAUCAUUGGCAAGAAGGUGAACGUCAUGGUGGACUACAUCAGAGCUGCCACCAGCUCCUCAGAGACCAGCACCAUCCCCGCCUUUGCAGAACGCACCUGUGCCACGGUCACCAUCGGCGGCAUUAACAUAGCCGAGGCGUUGGUCAGUAAAGGUUUUGCCACGGUCAUCCGCUACAGACAGGAUGAUGACCAGCGCUCAUCCCACUAUGACGAGCUACUGGCUGCAGAGGCACGGGCAAUCAAGAACGGGAAAGGGCUGCAUAGCAAGAAGGAGGUCCCCAUCCACAGAGUGGCUGAUAUAUCUGGGGAAACACAGAAGGCCAAGCAGUUCCUGCCUUUCCUCCAGAGAGCGGGCCGCUCAGAGGCAGUGGUAGAAUACGUGUUCAGUGGCUCCCGCCUCAAACUCUACAUGCCCAAAGAGACCUGCCUCAUCACCUUCCUCCUCGCCGGUAUCGAGUGUCCGCGCGGCUCCAGGAACAUGCCCGGCGGCAUGCAGGUGGCUGAGCCCUUCAGCGACGAGGCCAUGGCCUUCACCAAGGAGCUGGUACUACAGAGAGAGGUGGAGGUGGAAGUAGAGAGUAUGGACAAGGCUGGUAACUUCAUCGGCUGGCUUCACAUCGAGGGGGUCAACCUAUCGGUGGCGCUGGUAGAGAACGCCCUAUCGAAGGUCCACUUCACGGCCGAGCGUAGCUCCUACUACAAGACCCUGGUAUCCGGAGAGGAGGCCUCUCGUCUCAGGAAAGACAAGAUCUGGGCCAACUAUGAGGAGAAGAAGGUGGAGGAGGUGGUGCACGUGAUGGAGGAGAAAGAGCGCACAGCCAACUACAGAGCUGUAUAUGUCACCGAGAUCACGGACACCAUGCACUUCUACACCCAGGACGUGGAGACAGGCACCCAGCUGGAGAACCUGAUGGAGACCAUGAGGGCAGAGAUCGCCGCCCAGCCCCCAGUGGAGGGCUCGUACGCUGCCCGCAGAGGGGACUACUGCAUAGCCAAUUUCUCCGCCGAUGGAGAGUGGUACAGAGCCCGGGUGGAGAAAGUUCAAUCGCCAGCAAAGGUCCAUGUGUUCUACAUCGACUAUGGCAACAGGGAGAUAGUGCCGUCCACGCGCCUGGCUGUCAUUCCCCCGGCCUUCAGCACUCGGACCCUGGCUGCACAAGCCACUGAGUACACCUUCGCCUACAUCCAGGUCCCACAAGAUGAGGAUGCGCGUGCUGACGUGGUGGACAGCCUGGUGCGGGACAUCCAGAACACCCAGUGUCUCCUCAACGUGGAGCACAGCGGCGUCACCUGCCCCCACGUCACACUGCAGUUCGCCGACUCCAAGGACGACGUGGGCCUCAGCCUGGUCAAGGAGGGCAUGGUCAUGGUGGACGUGCGGAAAGAGAAGCACCUGCAGAAAAUGGUGACGGAGUAUCUCAACGGUCAGGAGUCUGCCAAGACUGCCAGGCUCAACAUCUGGCGCUACGGAGACUUCCGUGACGACGACGCAGACGAGUUUGGCUACAAACUAAAAAAAUGAAAAGCGCACGGUGCCAUUCCAAAGACCAACGCGGAAGACGAGAUGCACUCAUUGGACGAGAAAAAGUGACAGAAAACGAUUCAGCGAAAAUAAAACAAAGUAAAGGACAAGCAUUGUCUCUCUCUCUUCCUUUUAUUCCAUGUUCAUCCUCCUGGUCCUCUCUCCUGCUACUCUGCACAUCCCUUCAUCCUCCUCAUCCUCAUCUUCCUGGUCCUCUCUCCUGCUACUCUGCACAUCCCU